GUCUGCCGGAAAGCAACGCCGCGGGAUUUCACGACGUCGGCGGUGAGAGGCCCUGGAAGUCUCCGACCUCCUCCCGAAGCGGGGCGAGGGCUAGCCAGCGCGAUGUUCGGUGCGGGCGACGAAGACGACACCGACUUCCUCUCGCCUAGUGGCGGUGCCAGAUUGGCUUCUCUUUUUGUACUGGAUCAAGCAGCUGCUGGCCAUGGAAAUGAAUUCUUCCAGUACACAGCCCCAAAGCAGCCUAAGAAAGGCCAAGGAACAGCACCAACAGGAAAUCAGGUGACACCAAAAACAGCACCCACCACAGCAGGCACUUCCACAGUAUUGGUUGCGACAGCAGUCCAUGCGUAUCGUUACACAAAUGGUCAAUAUGUAAAGCAGGGCAAAUUUGGUGCCGCAGUCCUAGGAAAUCACACAUCCAGAGAGUAUAGGAUUCUUCUUUAUAUCAGUCAACAACAGCCAGUCACUGUUGCCAGGAUUCAUCUGAACUUUGAGCUAAUGGUUCGGCCCAAUAACUAUAGCACCUUUUAUGAUGACCAGAAACAAAACUGGUCCAUCAUGUUUGAGUCAGAAAAGGCUGCUGUGGAGUUCAAUAAACAGGUUUGCAUUGCCAAGUGCAACAGCACCUCUUCCCUGGAUUCAGUGCUGUCACAGGACCUCAUUGUAGCAGAGGGCCCUGCUGUAGAAGUUGGAGAUUCUUUGGAAGUGGCUUAUACUAGCUGGCUCUUUCAAAACCAUGUGCUAGGCCAGGUUUUUGACUCCACUGCUAACAAAGAUAAGCUGCUUCGUCUGAAAUUAGGAUCAGGAAAAGUCAUCAAGGGCUGGGAGGAUGGAAUGGUAGGCAUGAAGAAAGGAGGUAAGCGAUUGCUUAUCAUCCCUCCAGCCUGUGCUGUUGGCUCUGAAGGAGUAAUAGGAUGGACUCAAUCAACGGACUCAAUCCUGGUAUUUGAGGUGGAGAUUAGGCGGGUCAAAUUUGCUAGAGAUUCUGGCUCUGACGCACACAGUGUUAGUUCCCGGGAUUCUGCAGCCCCUUCUCCCAUACCUGGUGCUGACAGCCUGUCUGCUGAUCCUGUUGUGUCACCAUCCACAUCGGUGCCUUUCAAACCAGGGGAGUCAGCUCUUCGUUCCAAAUCUAACUCGCUCAGUGAUCAGCUUACAAUAAAUACAAGUCCUGAUACAGUCAAGGCCAAGUUGAUCUCUCGGAUGGCUAAAAUGGGCCAGCCCAUGCUGCCCAUCCUUCCACCACAGCUGGAUUCCAACGAUUCAGAAAUUGAAGAUGUGAAUGUUCUUCGAGGAGCCAGGCAGCCCACGGUGACUUCGUCCAUCCAGCCCUCUCUUCAGCCAGCCCAUCCAGUGCUACCACAGGUGACCUCACAAGCACCUCAGCCAUCCGUUUCUGGACUCCAAGCACCGUCUCCUGCCUUAAUGCAAGUUGCAUCUCUUGAUUCCCACUCAGCUGUGUCUGGAAAUGCCCAGUCCUUUCAGCCCUACGCAGGUAUGCAAGCCUACGCUUAUCCCCAGGCAUCAGCUGUCACUUCCAAGAGCUACUGGCUUUUCGUUGUACAGUAUCCUUUGCUCCAGUUCAUAAGUUUCUUCUUGGCUUGUGUCUGUUUAGGAUCAGGCGACGUGGCUUCAUUUCUCAUGACUGAAGCCCGGCAACAUAACACUGAAAUUCGCAUGGCAGUCAGCAAAGUGGCUGAUAAAAUGGAUCAUCUCAUGACUAAGGUUGAAGAGUUACAGAAACAUAGUGCUGGCAAUUCUCUGCUCAUGCCUAGCAUGUCAGUUACAAUGGAAACAAGCAUGAUUAUGAGCAACAUCCAGCGAAUUAUUCAGGAAAAUGAAAGGUUGAAACAAGAGAUCCUUGAGAAGAGCAGUCGGAUAGAAGAACAGAAUGACAAGAUUAGUGAACUAAUUGAACGAAAUCAGAGGUAUGUUGAGCAGAGUAACCUGAUGAUGGAGAGGAGGAACAACUCGCUUCAAACAGCCACAGAAAACACACAGGCAAGAGUUUUGCAUGCUGAGCAAGAGAAGGCCAAGGUGACGGAAGAGUUAGCAGCAGCCACUGCGCAGGUCUCCCACCUGCAGCUGAAAAUGACCGCCCACCAAAAGAAAGAAACGGAGCUGCAGGUGCAGCUGACAGAAAGCAUGAAGGAGGCUGACCUCCUCCGGAGCCAGCUCACCAAACUACAGACAGAGCUCUCUGAGCUCCAGGAGACCGCUGAGCAAGCGGAGUCCAAAUUCAAGAGUGAAAAGCAAAGCCGGAGACAACUGGAACUCAGAGUGACGUCCUUGGAGGAGGAGCUGACUGACCUUCGAGCUGAGAAGGAGUCUCUGGAAAAGAACCUCUCAGAAAGGAAAAAGAAGUCAGCUCAAGAGCGCUGUCAGGCUGAGGAGGAGAUAGAUGAAAUCCGCAAGUCACACCAGGAGGAAUUGGACAAACUUCGACAGCUCUUGAAAAAAGCUCGGGUGUCCACAGACCAGGCAGCUGCAGAGCAGCUGUCUCUAGUACAGGCUGAGCUGCAGACCCAGUGGGAAGCCAAGUGUGAACACCUGUUGGCCUCUGCCAAGGAUGAACACCUGCAGCAGUACCAGGAGGUGUGUGCGCAGAGGGAUGCCAGCCAGCAGAAGCUGCUCCAGCUUGAAAAGAAGUGUUUAGCCCUCCAGGCCCAAGUCAGAGCCCUGACAGAGAAAAAUGCACAGUACCUCAAGGACCUGGAGAGCAAGUCCCAGUUGUCCACGGUUGAAGCUGCGUCUGCUGAUCCCUCAGAGAAGGUCAAGAAGAUCAUGAACCAGGUGUUUCAGUCCUUGCGGGGAGAGUUUGACUUGGAGGAAUCUUACAAUGGCAGGACCAUUCUGGGGACCAUCAUGAACACCAUCAAGAUGGUGACUCUUGAGCUGUUAAACCAACACGAGCGAGAGAAGGGAGGGAGCAGUGAUGAAGAGGAAGAAGAGAAGGGAGGGGAGCGACCUCAGACACCUUCCCAGGAGCUGCCUGUUUUGGCCAGUUCUGGACGGUCUCAGACGCCCUUGAAUGGGGAGAGGCAGGAGCUCCCCACGGUGCCACCAGAGCAUGUGGUCCAGGAAGCUGUCCCGCUGCCUCCUCAGGCCCUCCCCAGUCCCCAGGAUGAUGUGCAGGGAAGGGAAAGGGACUCCUCAGAAGCAGAGGUGCUCUCAGAGGCAAAAGAUGACUCCUUCCCUUCUGAACUGGCUGGCGCCCCCUCCAGGAAAGCUCUGGGGCCCCCAACUUCAAUUCCCCCUGAGCCUCCAGGCCCUGUGACUGUGGACUCUGAGUGCGAGGAAACACUAGUUGCCAGCCCACUGGGAAAUGCCUGUGUUGGGGAGCAGGAAUGUUCCAUGAGAUUGUCCCUGACCUCAGACCCUGAGAAGGGGGACCCACUGACCUCGGGGCCUGAAAGUCCAGGAGCAGAGCCUCGGGCUCCAGGGCUCAAGAAAGACGAGGAUGUCACCAGCCCCGCUGCUCCCUCCCAGGAGCCGUGCAGCACAGAGGCAGCCUCUGCGGCCGUAGGAGCAGCGCCCGGAUCCAGCCACUGUGCUCAGCGUUCCAGUCUCUCUGAGGAUGAAGAGGAUGAACUGUUUAAAGGAGCGACUCGGAAAGUUCCAAGGCCCAAAGCGCAGGCUGAGGAGGAGGAUGAAGAUGAGGUGAGCAUGAAGGGACGCCCGCCCCCAACACCCCUUUUUGGAGAUGAUGAUGAUGACGAUGACACUGACUGGCUGGGAUGAAGACCCAGGAAACUGGUGCAAAGGUUUCUCUGCUGACCCUUCCCUAAGCAUGAUUUUGCACAACAGCCCUGGGUCUAGAUGAGGCACAGGGUGAGGUGAAGGUGAGCAUUCUGAGGACAAUAGUUCAGAUAUCUGAGUUAGCCAGUUUCUGAGCCCCACCUUCCUGGGUGAAGAGGAGUAUGAACCUGUCUUCAGAACGCUGGCGACCAUCAACAGCCCGCCAUGGUCCCACCUCAGAGUCCCCCAUGGAGUAAUAAGGGCUGGGGGGUUCCCCUCCAGCCAGUCCCUACGACAGUCCUGCCCUCUCCCAAGCUUUUUAUUCUCUUAACUGUCAGACUGAUCUGCCUCUCAGUGCUCAACUGUGUCCCAGCAACAAGACUGUCACCUGGGGUGAGGUCUCCCCAGUAGAACCGAGAGUAGGUUACACCAUCCAAACCCGGUUCAGUUAACAGCCUUGCCUGCAGUCCUGGGACAUACAUCUUUUCUCUGCCUUAAAUCUGAUAUAAGAGGUCAAUGAAUAUUUGAAAUUAACAAAACUAAAAUAAAUGUCUGCAAUGAAACUUGA